AGCCUAGAGGAUUUCAUAUACAUUCAUAUAAAAAGAAGCACCAUUUUCAUAAAAAAUAAAUACACCUUAUAUGAGAGUCCACAUUAUAAAAGCAUGUAUGUGUACCCUAAUACUAAAUUGGUCCUUUUAACAAAAUAUCAGACUUUGCCCUACUUAACUGGAAAAGUUACCUGUAUUUUAAAAAGAAGAGAAAUAUAUUAACAUAAUUGUAGGGCUGUGACUAUUUUUUGCAAAAGCUAUCUUUGAAAAGAAUUACUGAAUUGAUAAUGUAUAUGUGGAGAGAUUUAAAAUACUAGAUAAGGGAACUUAUUCUGAUGAAUUUAAGAAAGGUAAGUAUUUUAGUUCACUAAAAAUAUGAAUAAAAAUUAUCCAUUCACUUAUUUGGACACCCCAGUCAUGCCAGAGUUUAUAAAUACAGUGAAAUCACUGAAGAUUUUUUCGGCCCCCAAAACUUAAAAAAAUGGCCGUGUACCUUGUGAAUUUUUUAAAUGAAAAAAGAAUACAAAAUGAUGAAGACCCUUAUGAGAUGAUGACAAACUAGAAAAUGUGAAAUUUAAAGGGGAAAAUGUGGGUAUUUGCUUUCUUCCAGCAAAUUAAAGACAGGGUACUGUACAUAGAUUCAAGAGAUUGCGCUUUGAGGAUAAAUAGCUGGGCACUGUGCAGUUUUCCAAGACAACCUCUGGGCGCCGCUGUCGACCAAAAGGAAGUGAAGGCUUCUCAAUUCUGCCUGAGCGUCAGGCAGGGUGCCUUCCUGCUUUGUCCGGUGCACCGCAGAGCACAGACGCUGCUCCUGUGCACCCUCAACCGCCUAACAAAUAAGUGCUACACUCAAAUCGCCAAAGUCCAGGGUGCUGUCAUUGCUUUUAAAAACAAUCCCAGAAAAAAGAAGCUCCGCGGAGAGUUCCUGAAAUGCAAAGGAGAGCCAGAGAAGCCGAAAGGAUGAAAAGUCAGGUACUGUUUCCCUUCCUGCUGUCUUUGUUCUGCGGUGCCAUCUCCCAGCAGAUCCGAUACACGAUUCCAGAGGAGCUAGCCAAGGGCUCACGGGUGGGGAACCUUGCCAAGGAUCUGGGGCUCAGUAUCGAGGAGUUGCCAGCUCGAAAACUGCGGGUUAGUGCAGAGGAUUAUUUCAACGUUAGUUUGGAGAGCGCGGAUUUGUUAGUGAACGGUAGGAUAGAUCGAGAGAAGAUUUGCGGAAGGAAACUUGAGUGUGCACUAGAAUUCGAAACUGUUGCUGAAAACCCAAUGAAUGUUUUCCACGUGGUUGUUAUAAUCCAAGAUAUUAAUGAUAAUGCACCACGUUUCGUUACAAAAGGCAUUGACUUAGAAAUUUGUGAGUCAGCCUUACCCGGGGUAAAAUUCCCUCUGGAUUCUGCGCAAGAUGCAGAUGUGGAAGGUAAUUCACUGAAGAUAUACACCAUCAACCCCAAUCAACACUUCUCUCUGUCAACGAAGGAAAGUCCUGAUGGAAGUAAAUAUCCGGAAUUACUGCUGGAAAAGCCUCUAGACAGGGAACAUCAGAGCUCCCAUCGCUUAAUCCUGACUGCCAUGGACGGCGGCGACCCGCCUCUAAGCGGCACCACCCAGAUCAAUAUCCGAGUCACUGAUGCCAAUGAUAAUGCUCCUGUGUUUAGCCAGGAUGUAUACAGGGUUAGCCUCCAAGAAAAUGUACCCUGGGGAACUUCUGUGCUGCGAGUGUCGGCCACAGACCAGGACGAGGGCAUUAACGCAGAGAUCACCUAUGCCUUCCUCAAUUCCCCAAUAAGUACCAGCCUCUUCUUCAAUCUUAAUCCAAAUACCGGCGACAUUACAACCAAUGGCACAUUGGACUUUGAAGAGACAAGUAGAUAUGUGUUGGGUGUAGAAGCCAAGGAUGGAGGAGUACACACAGCUCACUGUAAUGUUCAAAUUGAAAUUGUUGAUGAGAAUGAUAAUGCCCCAGAGGUGACUUUGAUGUCCUUCUCUAACCAGAUUCCAGAGGAUUCAGACCUUGGAACUGUAAUAGCCCUCAUAAAAGUGCGAGACAAGGAUUCUGGGCAAAAUGGCAUGGUGACAUGCUAUAUUCAGGAAGAAGUUCCCUUCAAAUUAGAAUCCACCUCAAAGAAUUAUUACAAGCUGGUGAUUUGUGGGGCCCUAAACCGGGAGCAGUCAGCUGACUACAACGUCACAAUCAUAGCCACCGACAAGGGCAAGCCAUCCCUUUCCUCCAGGACAAGCAUAACCCUGCACAUCUCUGACAUCAACGACAAUGCACCUGUUUUCCAUCAGGCCUCCUACGUGGUUCAUGUGGCUGAGAACAACCCACCUGGCGCCUCUAUUGCACAAGUCAGCGCCUCCGACCCGGAUUUGGGACCCAACGGCAGCGUCUCCUACUCUAUUGUGGCCAGUGACCUGGAGCCGCGGGAGUUGUUGUCCUACGUGUCAGUGAGCGCGCAGAGCGGGGUGGUGUUCGCGCAGCGC